AUGAAUAAUGUAUUAAAAGUAGCAGCAGCUCUAGAACAUCAACUUCAAAAGAAAACAUAUAAUCUUUCGAGUACAUUUCUGAAAGACUUUAAUAGUAGAACAGGAUUUGUACCAUUCAACAAUGCAAAAGAUCUUUCGGGUAUUGCUUUGGUAGAUACCACAAUGGAUCCACCUAUUCGUAUACUUUCAUAUGAACAUCAAGAUUUUGAUCAAUCAUAUUUAAGAAUGAUUUUCAUUAAACAUCAUUAUCAUCAUAUCAUAUUUAUCUUUAGACAUUCAAUAGAUGAUGCCAUUAGAUAUCGUGAAGAGAUGAGUAAACUCGGUAAACUUGAUAUAUCAAAGAAUGCAGCAUAUCGAUUAAUCAAUGAAACAGGUGAUGGAUUACCUGGUUUAAUUGCUGAAGUAUUUGGUGAUUACUUACAAAUUACUACACACUCUGAAUUUUGGUCAAAUCAUAUCAACUUUGUAAGUGAAUAUCUAUUGAAACAAACUGGAAAGAAAGGUGUAUAUUGGAAGACAAAGUUUAAAUCUGGUCAUCCCGUUUGCAAACAUUAUAUGGGCGAUGCAGUUAAGAGAAAAGAUGGAUUUUUUGACUUGGUCGUAGAGGAGAACGGAAUGAAAGUACAGAUUGAUCUCAACGAUAUUGCAUCAACGGGAUUGUUUUUGGAUCAGCGUAGCAAUCGUCAAUAUGUUAAAUCGCUAUUCGACGGCAGAGACAGUGGAUCGAUUCUCAAUACAUUCUCACAUACCUGCUCGUUCUCAUUGAUUCCAGCGUUGCACGGCACCAAGAUCUCUUCGUACAACAUCGACAACUCACGUCAGUACCACAAGAUUGCCAAGAAGAACUUUGAGUUGAAUGAUGUAGAUGUCAAUUUCCACCGGUUCAUCGAGAAGGAUGUAUUCUCAAAGCUGUUGGAAAUGAAGAAUAAAUCACUGGGUUUCGAUGUGAUCAUUCUCGAUCCACCCACAAUGGCAAGAGGUUAUAAGUUUGGUGUAUUCACCACAAAGAAUCGUUAUAGAGAGUUGUUGGAUAUGGCACUCCCACUGUUGAACGAAGGUGGUUACGUAGUCAGCUUUGUAAAUACCAGACAGGUCCGAGAGGAACAAUGGUUGCGACAACUCGGUGUAGAAGAUUAUAUGGCUGAAGAAGGUGAUAACAAUAACAACAGCAACAACAAAAAAAAAGAAAUACCAACUAAAAAGACAGAGGAACAACUUGAAUUUGAAAAGUUAAAUAUAGAGACAGCAAAGUUUUCCGAUCAGACCAGAAUCGCUAAACACACUUCAUCGGUACUUCCAUUUGUUAAAUUAAAAGGAUUUAAGAAUCUACAAUCACUCGAACAAGAUGUAGAUUUCCGUUGGAGAGUAGGUGAUGAACGUGUUGGAAAGCAUCUAAAGGGUGUUGUACUAAAACAUAAAGUAGACUACCAUCAAUCGAAAUAUAAAACAUCACCAUUUCAAUCGAAUUAA